AUGUACUAUUUCCUCAGCCAUUUGGCUUUUGUCAGCAUCUGCUACUCCUCCGUCAUCAUCCCCAAAAUGCUGGCCUCGUCCAACCUGGCCUUUGUCAUUUUUGGGGUCAUUGAGUGCCUCCUGCUGGCUGUGAUGGCCUAUGGCAGGUAUGUGGCAAUCUACAAACCCCUCAUGUACCCCACCAUCAUGUGUGGAUGGAUGUGCUGGUGGCUUGUGGCUGGUUCCUAUGCUGUUGGUGUCUUCCAUGCGGUGACCCACACCACUUUCAUCUUUACCUUGUCCUUCUGCCACUCCAAUGUUAUCAACCACUACUUCUGUGACAUUGCCCCACUCUUACCUCUCUCCUGCUCCAACACCCACUCCUACGAGGGGGUCAUCCUUGCUCUCGUCAGCAUGAACUGUCUCAGCACCAUGACCAUCAUCUUUAUCUCCUAUGCUUACAUCCUCCCCUCUGUCCUGAGGAUCCACUCAAAGGAGAGCAGGAGAAAAGCCUUCUCCACUUGCACAUCCCACCUGAUGGUCGUCACCACGUUCUAUGGGGCAAUCUUGCUCAUGUACCUGCGCCCCAGCUCCACCUUUGCCUUGGAUGAGAACAAAAUGGCCACGGUGUUCUACACCAUCAUGACCCCCACGUUGAACCCCUUGAUCUACAGCCUAAGGAACAGGGAGGUGAAGGCUGCCCUCCUGAGAGCAGUUGGGAGAAGGCAGUGA